GGGCGCAAAGUCACGGAAUAUUUUGCUAAAUAGGUGUUAUAGGUAUUUUGACGCCAUCAAUGGUGAGCAUAUACUUGAACACUCGCAAAACUUGGUACCAAUUGACGCAUCUUUCAGGCAUGUUAAACCACCAGAUAGAAUUCUCUAAGGCCGUUGCGGAACUUUACAAGCCUAUCUCUGGGCGCAUGUCGGACCCAGAUUCGAUGAAGAUUGAAGGGAACCCAGAGGGAAUCCGCGCAUGCGAAGAAUAUGAGGCUAUCGUCCGGGACUUACUUGCCACGCUGCAGCCAGAGCUAGAGAUGAUCGAGACGAGAGUAGUUCGGCCAGCAGACGAGCUGUUGGAUAUCAUCAAGAUUAUCCGCAAAGUUGCGACUAAGCGCCAACACAAGCAGCUUGACUAUGACCGACACCGUGCAACGUUGAAGAAGCUGCAGGACAAAAAAGAGAAGACGCUCAAGGACGAGAAGGCCCUGUACAAGGCGGAAAAUGACGUGGAGCAGUCCACCCAAGAAUACGAGUACUUCAACAACCUUCUCAAAGAGGAGCUACCCAAAUUGUUUGCUUUGGAGCGGGAAUUUAUCCGGCCGCUCUUCCAGUCAUUCUAUUAUAUGCAGCUCAAUGUCUUCUACACUCUGCAUGAGAAGAUGCAAGGCAUGAAUAUUGGCUACUUUGAUCUGACCCUUGACGUUGAGGCCGCUUUUGAGAAGAAGCGGGGCAACAUUCAAGAGCAGGCCGAGGCUCUGACCAUUGUGCACUUCAAGACGACUGGUGGCAAGCGACCGGGCCGGUUAGGCGGCGCUGGAAGCAAAUUCGGUUUGGACAAGUCGUCGAGCUCGCCGGCUCGACGUCAGACCCUCGACUCCGCUUCAGGCCCGCCGCCGCCAUACAGCGCUGCAUCGGCACUGUCACCACAGAAUUCUGGUUCUUCGCUAGGACGCGCGAAUAGUACGGGCGGCGCUUGGGGGGCAGCGGCCAAAGCAAAGGGCGCUGCACCCCCACCUCCAAAACCCAAGCCGUCGCGCUUGUCUGGCGUGCCUGCACCUGAGACUUGCACGGCCCUAUACGACUAUGAGGCGCAAGCUGAGGGCGACCUGAGCUUCACCACUGGUGAAACCAUUGAGAUUUUGACCCGCACACCCAAUGAGAACGAAUGGUGGACAGGUAAAGUGAAUGGACGGCAGGGGCAGUUUCCAGGCAACUAUGUCCGGCUCAACACAUGACCAGGGGGUUGCUGAGCGAUUGCUUUUCAGUUUCACCUCUACGAAUACACUGGUGCGCGAAGCGAGUUUCUGGAUGAAGCAUUGCCUUGCUGGUCUUUGAUUUCC